CCUCCCUCUUGCCACCCUCUGUGUGUGAGUGUCCCACCCUCACGGGCUUUGUGGCCUAGGUGCCGAGCCGCUUCCUGGUCAGCCGCUCAGUGGAGGAAGGAGCCGCCCGUGAGGUGCAGCCGCUCGCUGCCCCCGGCAGGGGCACAGUUGCAACCGAGGCAAUGGCUUACUACCUCAACUCAGAAACCCACCUGGAUCCAGGGCCCAUCUAUGUGAGAGAAAAUGGGCAGCUGCACAUGGUCAACCUGGCUCUGGAUGGUGUUAAGAACAGCCUGCAGAAGCCGCGGCCUUUCAGACUCUUUCCCAAAGGCUUCUCCGUGGAGCUGUGCAUGAACAGGGAAGACGACACCGCGCAGAAAGAGAAGACUGAUCACUUCAUCUUCACGUACACCCGAGAGGGCAAUCUGCGCUACUCUGCCAAGUCACUCUUCAGCCUGGUGCUGGGCUUCAUCUCCGACAAUGUGGAUCACAUUGAUUCCCUUAUCGGCUUUCCUGAGCAGAUUGCCGAGAAGCUGUUUUCUGCUGCUGAAGCCAGACAGAAAUUCACAGAGCCAGGUGCAGGGCUGAGGGCUCUACAGAAAUUCACCGAGGCCUAUGGAAGUCUGGUGCUUUGCUCGCUGUGCUUGCGAAACAGAUAUCUGGUCGUCGCAGAAAAACUUGAAGAGAUCAAGUCCUUCCGGGAGCUGACCCGCCUAGAUCUUUCCUGCUGCAAGCUUGGCGAUGAGCAUGAGCUCCUAGAGCAUCUCACCAACGAGGCCCUGUCCAGUGUAACUCAGCUCCACUUGAAGGAUAAUUGCUUAUCUGAUGCAGGCAUUCGGAAAAUGACAGCACCAGUAAGAGUGAUGAAAAGAGGCCUUGAGAAUCUCACGCUGUUAGACUUAUCUUGUAACCCUGAGAUCACAGACGCUGGAAUUGGAUACCUAUUUUCUUUUAGAAAACUAAACUGCUUGGAUAUCUCUGGAACAGGACUAAAGGAUAUUAAAGCCGUCAAGGACAAGCUCCAGACACACAUAGGACUUGUUCACUCCAAAGUGCCUUUGAAGGAAUUUGAUCAUAGUAACUGCAAAACAGAGGGCUGGGCUGACCAGAUCGUUCUGCAGUGGGAGCGAGUAAGCGUGGAAGCUGUGCGGCAGCGGAAAGACGCAGAGCCUCGAAAGGCAGCGCAGUGCUUCUACCAGAAGCGAGCUGGCACAGAAGCCUCAAGGGUAUGUCCCCUGGCAGACACCCACAUGGACUGUUCUGGAAAACUCCAGUUCUAUAGGGAGCAGGCUCAGGACUGCCAUGGGCCACUGUUGAGCCAAGAAUCAAAGAAGAGCACGAAGAGAGCUUUCGAAGAGUCAGAGCAGGAGCAGGGCGCGCCGCAGUCCACCAAGCAGAAGUGUGUGUGUCUGUCUGUGGAAGACUGGGAUUUGCUGAAUUCCUACUGACUGACACAUCCAGUUGAGGAGGGAGACUGCUGGUGAUUUUCUUUUGGCUUGGAUUUACCUAUGGCGUUAGCAUAGCAAGGAGAUAUUUCUACUUUUGUGGUGGGGAGGGAGUGCUAUGGACGUAUGUAAUAAUUUCUAAUGUAUAUUUUCAAUACAUAGUAAUUUUUUCAAAUAAACUCUUUUGCUCUCGUUGAGUUCUGCUUGUAGAUUGCAG